AUGAGCCGCAUGGCCCAUAACCUGCCAGAGCAGUACCAGGAGUGCGCGCCGGUCGAGCAGGUGGCGCAGGUAUUCAACAAGCUGUUCAACGAGCUGCGCGCCGCGUUCCCGGCCAGCAUGGCGAACUUCCGCACCCAGGAAGACCUGAACGAAUUCCGCCGUCAGUGGCUGCUGGCGUUUCAGGAGAACGGGAUCCACACCAUGGCUCAGGUCGAUGCCGGCAUGCGCAUUGCCCGCCGCCAGGAGCGCCCAUUCCUGCCGUCGCCGGGCCAGUUCGUCGCCUGGUGCAAGCAGAGCGGCGGCGCGCUGGGCGUCAACGUUGACCAGGUGAUCGCCGAGUACUGGGAAUGGCGUAAUCGUUCGUUCGAAUUCAUCUCCAGCGAGCAAUUUCCAUGGUCGCAGCCGGUCAUGUACCACAUUUGCGUAGAAUUGCGCCACCGCAGCACCGAGCGCCAGUUAACGCAUGGUGAACUGGCACGCGAGGCAGGCGAUCUGCUGGACAUGUGGGAAAGGCGCGUCACCGAGGGUAAGCCAGUGCCGCCGGUACGCCGGGCUAUUGCCGCACCAGCUGCCGAGCAAGGGCCGACGCCGAUCCAGCUGCUGCUGGCCAAGUACAACCGCAACAAGUCGAACGGGAUGGUGUGA